GCCCAGUGCGCCUGUGCGGAGGCCUACUCGGCGAUGUGCGCCCUCGCCGGGCUCCGGCGCUAGCGGCCGGGCCGAGGGGGGCGAAGGGCGGGGAGGCGGGGGCGUCGGCAAGGACAUGGCUCCUGACUCCUGCGCGGAACGUGAGUGACCGAGCGGCGGAGCCCGAAUGGUCUCUAGCGACCGGCCCGUGUCACUGGAGGACGAGGUGUCCCAUAGUAUGAAGGAGAUGAUUGGAGGCUGUUGCGUUUGCUCAGACGAGAGAGGCUGGGCCGAGAACCCGCUGGUGUACUGCGACGGGCACGGCUGCAGCGUCGCGAUGCAUCAAGCUUGCUAUGGCAUUGUUCAAGUACCCACUGGACCAUGGUUUUGCAGGAAAUGUGAAUCUCAGGAGAGAGCAGCCAGAGUGAGAUGUGAGCUGUGUCCCCAUAAGGAUGGAGCUUUAAAAAGAACCGAUAAUGGGGGUUGGGCUCAUGUGGUUUGUGCCCUGUAUAUUCCAGAGGUACAGUUUGCCAAUGUUUCUACAAUGGAACCAAUUGUUUUACAGUCUGUUCCACAUGAUCGUUAUAAUAAGAAACUGGAGGCCUUAUGAAGAGGACCCAGAAGCCAAAGAAGUGACAAAGGAGAGGACGUCAUGUGAUGAGAGGCAGAGAUGCAAGCCAAGGAACCCCAAGGAUUGCCGGCAGCCAGUACCAGAAUGCCACAGACUCUUGGAAAAAAGCGUAAUCUCACAGACACUUUUAUUUUGGACUUCUAGCUAAUGAAACCAUGAGACGAUGAAUGUUUAUUGUUUAAACCACACCAGAUGGUUGUAUAUGUGAGGAAUCAGUGCUACAAAUCUUGCCAUUUAGCUCUUUCUUCAUUUUCUUUUGUUCAUUCAUUCAUCCAUUCAUUGAGUUUCUGCUAUUGGGCCAGAUGCUGGAGGUACAGAGAUUAAUAAGAUACUAUCCCAGCCUUUAAAGAGCUUACUCACUAAGGAGAAGGGGCAGAGAGACAUGAAACACUGGGGACAUAUGAAAGGACUGCUCAGUUCCCCCUGAGAGCAGGAGACUAAAACAAAUCAGAAAAGGAUUCAGAUGUAGUCAUGGGUUGGGUCUGAGAUAUGGGGAUAAGAGGUACGUUCCAGACUCAGGAAUGCUUCAAAGCUAAAGACAAGAAAGCCACAUCAGACACUUGGGAGUCCAGCCUGACAUUUGCAUUAGAGUGCCGCCUCCCCAGCAUGGACAGUUACCUUGCUUGGUGUACCCAGUGCUCAUAAGAGCAGACUAUUCAAAAAGUUGGGAGGGGAGGUGGUGGGUGGGAGGAAAAAUUAAUUAUUUAGGUAUAAAUCUCUUAUUCACUUCGAAUUAAUUCUAGAAUAUGACCAGAUAUAACGGUUU